AUGCAGGUCCCUGCACUGCUGACUGCACACAGUUGUGUUGAGCAUGUCCAUCUGAUCAUUGGAUGUGGACCACUCGCAGCCUCAAGAUGCACCAAAUCCCUACAAGUUGGCGCACGACCCAUCAUUAUCGCUCCCGCCCACGAAGAAGUCCAUUUUACUCUAGCCCGCGCCAUCGAGGAGGGCAAGGUAUCCCGGAUAGAGCAAGACUUUGAGGAGCAACAAUUGAAUUCACUAGGAAGAGAAGAAUUAGACGGCUAUGUCGAUGCAGUCUUCGUGACCCUGCCAGCGGACGAUUCUAGGAGCAUUCGCAUCUCUGGUCUCUGCAGGCGCAAGCGAAUACCUGUUAAUGUUGUCGAUGCUCCUAAACUCUGCACAUUCACCCUCCUAUCUACACAUUUGGACGGGCCGUUACAAAUAGGAAUCACUACAUCCGGGAGUGGCUGCAAACUUUCUUCUCGCAUUCGGCGCGAGGUCGUCUCCUCUUUGCCAGCCAACUUUGGUGAGUCAGUCGAAAGGCUGGGAUCACUGAGAAGGCAGAUCUGGGAAGAGGAUUAUCGAACACAAACUGGUGGCUCUAUACCGGCAGCAGAGGCUGAGAUAGAAGAUGAAGAGGCUGCAGCGCAAAAGUACACCUUUAACAAACUGGUCCGAGAAAAUGAUCGCGAUCCAGCAGUUCUGAGGACAAGGAGACUGAGAUGGCUCUCACAAAUAUGCGAGUACUGGCCGCUGAACAGGCUGGCAAGCAUCACAGAUUCAGAUGUCGCAAAGAUUCUUGAGGCCUACAAAACUACUGCGCAACCACCUCCACCAGUUUCCGAUAGCACGCUUGAGCAGUCCAUACUAUCAGAAAAAUUGCCCCUGCGUAAAGGUACAAUCACACUGGCAGGGUCAGGUCCAGGCCAUCCUUCUCUUCUGACAAUCGCUACACAAACAGCGAUUCAGACAUCUCACUUUAUCCUAGCCGACAAGCUCGUUCCUGCUGAGAUUUUGGCGCUUAUCCCACGACGAACUCCAGUCCAUAUCGCUCGCAAGUUUCCUGGUAAUGCAGAUGCAGCUCAGGAGGAACUUUUGCAGCUUGGGCUGAAUGCUGCAAGGGAAGGUAAGGAUGUGCUUCGCUUGAAGCAAGGCGAUCCCUAUCUCUAUGGGCGCGGAGCCGAAGAGGUGACAUUUUUCCGUGAGCGCGGCUAUGAUGUGAGGGUAAUUCCUGGCAUUACAAGUGCACUUUCUGCGCCACUUUUCGCAGAUAUACCCGUAACUCACCGAGCUGUUGCAGACCAAGUUGUUAUUUGUACAGGGACGGGUAGGAAGGGUGCCGCACCGGAGCCUCCAUCAUACAGAAAGAGUAAGACGGUCGUGUUCUUGAUGGCGUUGCACAGACUCGAGAGUCUAGUUCAGAGUCUUACUGUAUUUCCGGAUGAAGAAGCUGGACAGGGUCCGAAACGAAAAUUGUGGCCAUCAAGUACACCCUGCACAGUGAUUGAGCGUGCCAGCUGUCCGGACCAGAGAGUCAUUCGAACCACAUUACAAUAUGUCUGUCAGGCAGUAGAAGAUGAAGGCUCACGUCCACCGGGCCUUCUUGUGGUCGGUCACUCAUGUGGCGUCUUGCAUCAAGUGGGCGAGAAUCAGAGAUGGUCGGUAGAAGAAGGAUUUAGAAGUCUUGAUGCCAUCGGUUCAACAACUUCCGAAUUGCACUUGCUCAAAGAUCUCGAGCAGACGACUGAGGUGGUAGAGAAGGUUCAGCCAUAUGGAUCGCCACCGCUCAGUGACUUGCUGACAGUCUGA